CCACAAACUACGGUAUGUUGUUUCUAAUACGUAUUUAUUUAUACCGGUUAUCUUUACCUGUUCACUCACUCUUCAGCUGCUGUCCUCACAGAGCAAGGAGACGAGGCUGGCAAUGAAGAGAGGAUUCAAGAUGAUUCUGGGAUCUCAAUCGAUGGCGAGAAAAAGGAUACUGGCUGAAAUGGGAUACGAAUUCACUGUCGUGACAGCAGACAUUGAUGAGAAAGCUAUCAGGAGAGACAAUCCUGAAGAUUUGGUUGUAGCUAUCGCUCAAGCCAAGGCUGAUGAGAUUAUAUCUAAAUUGGGAGGUCAAAGCCAGUUUGCUCAGGAUCUUCAACCAACCUUAUUGAUUACUGCUGACACUGUUGUUGUGUACAAAGGUGUCAUUAGAGAAAAACCAACCACCAAGGAUGAAGCUCGCCUUUUUAUCAAAGGCUAUUCCGGGUCACACGGAGGCGUUGUGGGCUCUGUUUUAGUAAGGAACUUGAAAACUGGUGUUCAAAGAAUCGGAUGGGACAAAGCUGAGGUUUAUUUCCAUGAGAUUCCAGAAAAAGUCAUAGACGAUCUUAUUGAUGAUGCGGUAACUUUCAAAGUUGCUGGAGGUUUAAUGCUGGAGCAUCCCCUCAUCGCACCCUUUAUCGAUACCGUGGUGGGAGGAGUUGAUACAGUCAUGGGACUUCCUAAAGACCUCACUGAAAAAUUCAUCACCGAUGUGUUGUAGCUCCACCCCCUCCCUCUUGAAGAUUCCUCAUGUAGGAAGGCGUAGACUGAUAAUACACUGAGAUUCUUAUUGCAACAUUGAAAUAUUGUGAUGUUUGAUCCACUUAUGAUAUUUAAAGAUUGAAAUUCCUUCAACACAAGUAUAUAACUAGAAUUUUUUACUGAAUCUUGAUA